CAAAUGGCAACCAAACACAAACAUAUCCAUUCUUUUCUUACUAUAACUUCUAGUACUAGUGUCUCACUCACAUUCUUCUCUGAAAGUCAAGAAUGGACACAAAUACCACGGCAGCCCUUCCACCUCAAAAUUUGGCCUCUGCCUAUGCAGUACCUCAAAACCUGGCCGCGACACCAACGGCAGCCUCUGCCUAUGCAGUUCCUCAAAAUCAACUGACACCAAAUGCGGCUUAUGCACCGCUAACGCUGACACCAACUAUGGCAGCGUAUGCACCUCAAACGCUGACACCGACUGCGGCGGGGUAUGCACCUCAAACCCUGGCACCGACUGCGGCGGGGUAUGCACCUCAAACCCUGGCACCGACUGCGGCGGGGUAUACACCUCACACAAUGACUUCAGCAAUCCAACCUCAUCAUCAGCCUUUGACAUCUCGGGUUGCACCGCACCAGAGCUUAGCCUCUUCAGGCAUUAUGCCUCAUCAGAACUUGGCCGCGUCUGGGAUCGGUGCGCCUCUUCAGAAGAUUGGUGGUGUUGCUGCUGCUGCUGGAAUUCUGCCAAAUAAUGCUUCUCGCUUUUUGGGAUCAGACAACCGAGCUGCUCGUUCAUCAGCAGUUGGACUCGAUGGCCGCACGGCUCGCACCGCACUCGGACUUGACGGCCGUGCGUCUCGCACUCUUGGACUUGACAGCCGUGCAGCCCGUGGUGGAACGUCCGAUGAGACUGAGCUGAGCAAGAGAAUCAUGGAGCUUCAUGAGUCUGAUGAGCGCGGUCUUGCUGUUAAGCCUGUUCUUCACAUCAUCGAUGUCAUUUUUCACCGCGCUACUGCUGACCUACCUGGAUUCAGUCUUCCGCAUUCGGAGAGUGGUACCGAUGAAAAGGCUGCCAUGUAUUCAGUUGCUAGUCUUCAAGACAAUGUCGAAAUCCCUGCUAGGAUUACCAGCGCAAUUUCAUGCGAGAUCCUCAGCAAGUGCUCAGCUGGAGUGGAUGUGCACACCAUAACAAUGGAAAUACUACAGAUAAUCAAGCACUACGGGUGGGACUCGAAGGUGUUGCUAGCCUUGGUGGCAUUCGCGGUGACUUUCGGCGAGUUUCGGCUAGUCCUCCAGCAAUACUCAACCAACCCACUCGCCAAAGCGGUUGCUCUUCUCAAACAAUUGCCUGAACUUUUGGAGCAUGCUGGUGCUUUAAAACCAAAACUUGACGCUCUCUAUGAUCUGAUUAAGGAAAUCCUUGAUGUGACCAAGAAAAUUGUUGACUUCUAUGACCUUCCCAGGAAUGAGUAUUUUACUGCUGACUCCCCUGAAAUUCUAGCUGCUGCUUCUCAUAUCCCAACUGCUGUUUAUUGGACCAUUCGAAGUAUAGUCGUUUCUUCAACUCAAAUUUUGGCUCUUACCGGCAUGGGCAUCGAGUAUCUAACGGAGCCGUGGGAGCUAUCUUCCUUGGCCCAUAAGCUCAAAAACAUAAAAGGGCUUGUUGUCGACAUUAUCGAACGUUGUUACAUGUUCGUUGAGAAGAAGAAAGAGGAUGAAGCAUAUGAGUACCUUAUGCGUAUUUUCCAAAUUACGCACAUUGAUAACUCAAAGCCUUUAAGGGUUUUGUUUAAUGAAGAUCCACAGGCACUCUACGAUUGUUACAACAAGAAAAGGAUUAUAAUUGACGAUUUGAAGAGAAAGGUCGUCGCCCUAUUCAUCACAGAAGUAGAUCCCGAAAUUAUUCGUUCAUCUGAAUUUGCAAUCUUACAACAAAUGUAUGCCGAAAAAAGGCAGAGCAUAACAAGAUCCGAGAGUCAGUAUGAAGUGGUUUGGGUUCCAAUCUCAAAUGUGUGGAAUGAUGACAAGUACAGAGCGUUUGAUAAGCUAAAAGAACAAAUGGAAUGGCACUCGGUGCACCAUCCUUCAGCGAUAACCCCAGCGGCCCCAAGAUUCUUCAGAGAGAAGUGGGGCUUUGUCAAGAAGCCUAUCCUUGUGGUGAUUGACACUCAAGGCAGAGUUGUGCACCACAAUGCCAUUCAUAUGAUGUGUAUUUGGGGAAGCCAAUCAUACCCUUUUACCACAAACAGAGAAAAAUUGUUGUGGGAGGAUAAUGCCUGGAACAUGGACUUGCUCAUCGACGGCCUUGACCCCAAUGUUUCUAUUUGUAUCCAAGAACAAAAGCAUGUUUGCUUGUAUGGAGGGGAGGAUAUUGAAUGGAUCAGGAAAUUCACAAGGAUUGCUAAGGAUGUGGCCCGCGAAUCUGGGAUUCAACUGGAGUUGCUUUACGUGGGGAAGAGCAAACCUCACGAGAAAGCAACAAGGAACAUCAUUGACCUAAUUUUGAAAGAGAACCUGAGCAGAACCUUGGACUGGAACCUCAUCUGGUAUUUCUGGAUUCGGUUGGAGAGCAUGUGGCACUCCAAGGGGCAACUUACCACAGCUGAAACCGUCAAGCAUGAUCGUGUAAUGCAAGGAAUCAUUGCCAUGCUAAGCUACGGGUCUAGCAGCCAAGGUUGGGCCGUCAUCAGCAGAGGUUUUGAGGGAAUGGUGAAGGGCAAUGGGGAGCACAUGUUUAGGGUCUUGACCGAGCAUGCCCAAUGGAGUUCGAGGGAGGCAGAGAUUGGUUUCGUGCCUGCUCUAGAGGAGUACGUCAAGAGGCUCCAUGUCGACGCACCACACCACUGCACCAGCCUCAUUUUGCCAGCCACUGGUGCAAUGCCCGACACCGUGGCGUGCUCUGAGUGUGGUCGUUUGAUGGAGCGGUUCACCAUGUUCCGCUGCUGCCUUGACUAUUGAUUCAUAAUGAGUUUGGUGAUCCUUGAUAUGCAUACUGGCACGGUGCUUCCCUAUGGGUCGUCAUCAUAAAUAAAUUGAGAAAAUGUUGUUGUUUUAACGUUUUUUUUUUUUAAUAUUUUUUUUUAUUUUAAAAUAUUUUGGGACAAAAAUUAUAACUUGUAUUGUAUUGCUCUUGGCUCUUCAGUGACUACAGCCAUGUUUGUUGGUAUUUUAAUUAUUGAAUAAAUAAAUAAUAUCUGCCACUUUUCAUGCAGUA